GGCGCCGCCGCGGCUCCGGCUCCGGCUCCGCUGCGGGGCUCGCCCGGCCCCCCCCGCACCGCGCUCAGCAUGGCCGAGGUCGGCAUCGACCAGUCCAAGCUCUCCAAAGUCAAAGAAGUGUGCCGAGACUUUGCUGUUCUGGAAGAUCAUACUUUGGCCCAUAACCUACAGGAACAAGAGAUUGAGCAUCACUUGGCAACAAACGUCCAACGUAAUCGUCUAGUGAAACAUGACUUGCAGGUGGCCAAGCAACUGCAAGAGGAGGAGGAUCUGAAAGCACGUGCUCAAAUCCAGAAACGCCAGAAAGACCUGGAACGACAGGACUGUGAGAUGGCUCAGGAAAUCCAAGUAAAGCUGGUGUUUGAAGCAGAGCAGCGACGCAGGCAAGAGGAAAAUGAUGAGGACAUUGCCCGUCUCCUACAACAAAAGGAGCUGCAGGAAGAAAAAAAGCGCAGGAAGCACUACCCGGAAUCCCAGGGGCACACAGUCUAUGAAGACAGUUAUUAUUCAGAGAAUGGAGCACACCUGCAGAGUGACUCUAGAGAGCAGGUUUCUGAGCCUCACAGACCCCACAGAGGCAACAGGUGCACGCACCAGCGGAAAGAGCACCAGAAAGUGCCCUCACCUUUACCUGACAACACCUCUGAGUGCAGGCGUCACCCCUUGGAGGAUCCUCACUGCUCUCCUCAACCAAGCAAGGCCAGGAGCAGGCAUCACCGUGACAGAGAGCAGCAGGAAUGGACAUCAGUCAGCCAGAGGGGGUCCAGGAGACCUCCCAGCCUGGACCUGGAAAGAGGGGGUGAAUGUGUUGCCGUUGACUGCAGCGAUAGCUGGGAGCUGCGGGAGAAGAAGGCAGCCGGCAGAGAGAAAGCUUGGAGGCCUCUCAGUCUUAAUCUGGAGUCAGAGCAUGAACUCGCAAAGCAGGUGCAACAUGAUAGAAAGCCAUCAAGGCAAGACAGAGAAAAGCACCUUCCCCUUCUUGAUGUGGAGCUGGAAGCUGAGCAGGAAACCUGGCAUCAUGAUGGCAGCCAGCUGUUGCACCUAGAGAACCGUAAAUCCCGCCAUCGUGGCCGCACAUUGCCUAGGACAGUUCAUGACAGGAGGCUGCAUGACUCUGAGUCCAGAGAAGAUCAUAGGAAGGGUGAGGAGAGAGAUUGCAGAAGAGCAGGACACAGGAGAAAACCUUCCCCCUCUCCAAACACGGUGACCUGGGGAAGGGUUGGAGACUGCCAAGACUCAGGAGCUAAGUCAAGGGGGGCAAAGCAAGCUAUUUAUGACAAACCUCGAAGGGAACAGGAAUUGUCUGAUGCAGAGAUUGCUCGGAAAUUGCAAGAGGAAGAGCUCCUGGCCAACGAGAUGGAUGAGAAGGCAGCUCAAGUAGCCCAAGAUGAGGAAAUAGCCCGCCUCUUGAUGGCUGAGGAGAAAAAAGCUUUAAAGAAAGAGAAGGAACGAGAAAAGACUUCCUUUGAAAAGAAGAGGCAUGAUCAAGACUGGAAGUACGAUGCAAGCGAAUCAACGCGCUCGAAGUCAAAAGAAGGGCCUGAACCUCAGCGACACAAAGGCGACAAGUCUUUACGAUCACAGCCUCUCCUCAAUGACUUUGAACAUGCUCGUUAUUACACAAGCCAGCCUAGCCCCUCACGCCAAUUUCCCAAACAUGAACCCUCUCCUAAAGGUUCCCGUAGGAAGCAGUAAGCUGCUAGCCUUUGCUUUGGUACUGACUCUUCUGUAGCAAAUCUUCCUGGAAUUGCCAGAAAACUUUCUUGAUUACUUACCCAACAGGAGGUUCACUCUCCAGCCCCAGGAUCUCCUCUUUGUGUCAUCGUAUUAAUAAGGAACAUUUUUUCAUUUCAAUUUCUUACUUGUAUGUGAUCACUUAAGCAGUGCAGUACAAUCUAGCCGCUACUGAGCUGUGUAGAUCAACUAGCUGAUUUAAAAGCUUCCUUUUUUACCCCCUUGAUGCUUUCUUUUUUGUUUUUAUUUUUAAGCUUUGGCUGGAGCUUGGACAAAUAGAGAUGCAUAUACAACUAGAAGGAAAAUCCAAGAUGUGAGCUGGGUUAUGGCAAUGCAGCAGAACAUCUGAAAUACAAGUCCUUACUAUAUUAGGAUGACUUAGUGCAGAGUUGUAAAAGGGAACAUGUUUCUCUCUGUGCUGGGUAAGAAAGCUGAGCCAAUCCAAGAGAGAUACAUAUUAGCUUACAGGAAGGAGAAAGGGUCUUCACAACGUACACCAGCGAAAGCUGUAACCUGAGACUGAUCAGGAGGAAUUUGCUUGUAGAACCAAUUUGCUUAACUGCUAUGGUUCUUUUUAGAGUUUCCAGCAAGCACUCCUAAAUUCUGUAUGGGUAGAGCAUGCAACCAGACAUUCAGCUGAAGGAUAUCGGAUAGGAUGCUUAAGAGGAAAGAUAGUUGAAAGUGAGAUUAGACCUUGUGCGCAUGACUUCUAAACUGAACUGAUGCAGCUGUGAGUUAUGAAUUGAGAAGAAUCACACACAUUGAUUUAAAUGCCUGAAAGGACCUCUGUGGUCACCUGCUUUGAGCUUCAGCAUAAUGCAAGCCAAGGAAUUUAAUUUAGGUCAAGCAGGAACUACUGUUACUCCUUGCUCAGUUGCUGAUGCACUGAGCACUGUAAGGUAUGUCUAAACCUAAAUGUAUCUUGGAAACACAGGACUGAAAGAGGACAAUAUGGGCAUUGGACAUUGAAUCCAAAACCCACAAUAACAGGCAACUUGGAGACGCUGAGUCCAAACUAGCCAACAAAAUGUCUGUGUUACCUGCCUUCCCUCCACGUUGCUCCAUACAGUACUCCAGGCAGGCUCCAGUCUGGAUGAAGUGACUGCUCUCUGGGGUGUGGUUUUGCUUGCAAGUUUAAGUUAUCUGUACAAAUUUGCCCAUGGACUGAAAUGUAUUUUUUCUCUCUACUCUUUGAAAAUCAUUCUGCUCUUACAUAGUCAGGUAGACUUUGCCAUUGGCCUCCUCUCAAUCUAAAUCUGUUGUUUUUUUAAUCUUUUUUUUUUCUUUUUGCCAUUUGUUUUUUCCAAGUGCAUUUUAACCUGCAAAGCAGAGCAGAGGGUAAAUUGUUCGGAGUCUGUUAGCCAGUUACCAGCCAGGCUAGUUACUUGCUUUGGCAGUCUGGUUCACAGCAGCAGAGCCUGGUUGUGGUGCCACUUCAUCCCAGCUUCCUUGUUGCCUGGCACCAAGUCAGUCCUGUCAUGCUCUUUGUCCUUUGCUGGCUGCUGUAACUCUGCUGCUGGCUUUGAUAAGCGACGGCAGAGUCGCGACUGUACCCACCCCCUCACCAACCAACUCCUCUACCUGGGAAAGAGGAGCCUCCCAGCUCUUCUUUAGCUGUUGAUCAGAAAGUUACUGUGAAACAACUCAUUAGGAAGACAAGAUAACUUGAUAACCAGAGCAAGAGCCUGUGCCUUACCUUAACCUAAAUGAAAAACUUCCACUUCCUGCCCCAACUGGGAUGUUUCUACCAGUUCCCUACCUGCAAAGUACCAGCUAGUCCCCAACAGAGCUUUGCUGCAGGCACACAUUAGCUGAAAACGUAGCAACAUAGGACCUUGUGCAUCAGCAGCAUCCUAUUAGCUGCAUGCUCUUGCUUCCAGACCAUGAGCCUGCUCACCUGCAUCAACCCUUAUGUGACUUGCAAGCGCCUGCUUGCUUGCUGCUUCUUCUCAGGAAAUAUCCCAGCCUGCGGCUAGAUUUUACUGUCUCUGCAUUGUGCCCUCUUCUCUUUCCAUCUGUCCAUUCAGAAGUGUUAACGUUGUUUUAAAGAAAUAGGAAAAAAAAACAGCGUAGACCAUAUAUUUUUAUUUGAUAACUUGGGCCAAUGUGGCAACUUCCUUUGCAGUGAUUUUAUUUUAUAAAUGUUUAUUUUUAUAUUUCAUGUAACAGUCAAAAUUUUUACUGCUGAAAAUACUGGGAGUUUUUGGUGGGUUUCUUCCUCCCUUGCUUUCAAUCAGACUGUAUUUAUUGUUGUGAAAUGGAUCUCUAGUGGGGAUUUACGUACCAAUACUUCUACAAAUGCUCCAGCCCAGGCCCUGCUGUUUGUAUCAUCUGGUGCACUUGUGAAAACUGGAUGGGGAAGAAUCCUGCCAAAUCAAAAAGCGGUUGUGCUUUGUACUCACUGUGCAUGGGGAAAAAGGUGACUCUGUGCAAGGCAAGGCGAAAUCAGCAACUAGGAAUUCAGCCGUCCCUGGGCUUCUGUAGCUGACUGUGAUGGGUUUUCCUGCACUGCAGUUGGCUGAUGUAACUUCUGUCUUAUCCUAAUCAGAGAAGUAAUGAAGGCCCUGAGCCUGCUGACGUCUGAAGAACUUACUAAUUCAGGAAAGGUGCUUGGGAGUAUCUGAGUUGUUGACUUUAAUGGGAGCGAUUGGGGGCUGGGUGGUGCGAGAGUGUGUUCUGAUUGACUUGUUUGGAAGCUGAGGAAAGUCCAAAGACUAUCCCAAAGCCUGGGCCUCUUUAUGAGCCUCUUCUGGCCUGCCAAGCUAUCUGCCCAUGGCACUGAAAAGAGGACGCUCAAGGGAAGGAUCCCAGGAACUGCUGCUUCGUUGGGUUGGGGAGAGCUGGUUGCUUUGGGGCUGCUCAUCUCUAUGUCCCCCUGCCCCUUAUCCUUAACUUUUUUAAUCUUGCUCCCUGGCUUUGUUAUUUGCUGUCCCUUGUAAUUGUUUUUCUCCUCAUUUUAUUUUUCUGUAGCCUUUCUGAAGGAGGUCCAGGGGUUAUGUUGAAAGGGAGCUGAUACCUAUACCUAGAGAGAGAAACUGUAAAAUCAGUAACUGAGGAAAGCAUAUAAUAGACAGGUAUAAAUAGAGCAACUGUUCUCUAGGCCUUGUGGGCCUCAUGCAUUCAGUAGGCUAGAGACUUCCGGAGGCAAACAUUGCAAUGGGGCUUGCAUGUCUAGCAGCCACUUUUGACUCCUCCCAUGGCCCCACUAAAGUCAACAAGAGUUGAGUUAAGAGUGUGGAUCAACAAGCACCUAGUUCACGCUGGGGCUUAGCAGCCACAGUUUUUCUGAAGUCAGAGAGAUGCAGCAACACGGGCCAGAUGGAACAUCAGCACCUGGCAUGUGUGUCCCUGGAAAGGGGCUCGUUAAAGUCAUUGCUUUAAAAAAGACCUAACCAGAGCAAUAUUUCCUUUCCAAGACAGACAAAAUAUUUAAAUAACCUUUGUUGUUGUUGUUGUCCUUUGCCAAGUUUCAGUAGCUUUGCCUAUGCUUUUGUUCUGGAUUUGGCAGUAUGUCAGAGUCCCAGUCGAGCACGUGUGCCCAGGCUAUUUUGAUUCUGCAUCUCUUUCUUACUGUGCAUGUUCAUAAGGCAACAGUGGUCGUAUGCAAAGUUCGUCACUGUGAAAUCUGUCACUUCCUUAUCUCCGUGGUAGGUUAGAACUCCUCCACCCCUUCACCUCUCUCCGAAGCACAGUGGCCCACGGAGGAGAGGACAGGCGAGCCGAGUGAUUGUGCCUUACGUGCAGGAAUACUCUGUCUCCAGUAUACUCUGAUCUGAGUCACCUUGCUGUGAAACACUGUCUUAAAACGUGGACCGUACAGCUUCCUGCAGCAAGAAGUUGUUGGCAUCAUGGGGAUAGGUCCAGCAGGUUAAUCUCAUGGAUUUUGAAGAACUUUACAGUUUUGAAUUUAGUGGGGGAAGGGAAAAUAUUGGUUGCUAAUGGUUAGAUUAAGUCUUAUCAUUGGAUUUCUCUCAUGGGGAGAAAGGAUAGAAGUUACAAAUGCUGCAGUCUGCUUCACUCUGUAAAAGGGAUCUUGUAUGUACAGUAUUUUUAUAUCUCUGCAUUUCCACCUGUCAGGAUUGGAAUCAGAAUUAAUAACAUCUCUUAGCUAAGAAAAAAAAAAUAUAUUUUUUUUUACAGUGCUAGACCUUUGUAAGUUUUUGUUUUGUGCCAAAUUACAGCCACUGUUACGUUUUCUUUUUUUUUUUUUCUUCCUUUUUUUUUAGGAUAUGAAUUCAAUUUAUUGCUGUUGAUCAUUGUGUGUAUUAUAUAUAUUUUUUAUUACCAAGGUUUUUAUUUUAAUUCAUAUUAACCUGUAUGCAAACUAACUGUGGAUUGCUAAUUUAUAUAUAAAGGGGGACACUUUAGAGAUGGUGUGAGAAUCCCCUGCUUAGUUUACACUCUUGUAAUCCAGCGCAACCAGGCUAUAAAACACAACGCUUCUUACACAGAGUAUUCCCCUGGGUAUCAGAUCCCUCCUGCUGGUCCUCACAGCACACUAAUGCUGCAAGCUGGCGUGCGGACGCAAGAGGAACCAAAGCACAGCCCAUAGGCACGGACUGAGGCAUGAGCAAGCGAGCUGGCCUCUUUGCCGUCCUGCUUGCAGCAGUCACACCAGGGGAGGCUGCUGCAGCAGGAAUUCCAGUUUGGGGUGACUUUGAGGUUUACUCUGCCCUAUCUCCUGCCCUAGGAGAGAGGCAAGUCUCUCGAGAUGCUGAAUGCUUAGUUUUGCAGCUGCUUUGGGAGACGUGUAGGGGAUAGCACUGAGGCACACCAGUGCCCCUUGGAUAAAAUAUACCACUGGGCAGGCUCUCGCUGUGCUGCAUGCAAGUGCCACGUGGACUGUUGCGCCCAGGGCAGGCUGCAGCGUGCAGAUUUUGUCAGGAAGUCACAAUGCUCUGGACCUCUAGGCUGGAAAUUUUACUAGCUGCCUCCUCUGCCUCGGGUAGCACAAGGCAGGGCUUACCCAUGCAGCUUGGACUCUUCACAGGAGAGGACACUGGCACACACAGAUGAGUAUUUUCUACUUCACAGUAAGCAAGUUUCACUGUAUCAGUGUUCGCUCUAAAUAGACUCCACAGUGUGUCUCCAGCUGCAUCUGUGCACUGCAAUAUAGUUAACUUCCUCAGAGAAAUAACUGCAAUGGUCUAAUUUAGCUCUUUAGGGUAAACUUUCAGCCUGUUGAAUCUAAUUUUUAGCCAUAGGAUGUGAUGAAUUAGUCAAAUGGUUUAAAUUCCUCAGAGUUGCAAGUUUGCCCUGUGUUGCAACAGCUAAUCCUUGAUUGCAAAUUGCACACUGACAAUAAUCCAUCUAUGCAAGCCUUUUUUUCUUAUUUUUGAUUGUUCACUAUAAUUUUACCAGGUUUGGCAUAGAGCUUCUGAAUGACAUUUAACCAAAGUAUCAUAUCUGUUUGUGUAUAGCAUGUUUUGCUUCAUACUCCUGAAUUCACUGAAUGUAAAGAGAACAUUGCCUUGCCCCAUCUUGUUCAAUAAACCAUUGUCUUUUGUUAUCCAUUGCAUCCUUCUGUCCCUGUACGUGCUUUUCUGGGAGCAUUGAACUGGGUCCUUUUCCCUGCGAUGAGUCAGAGAUGUGUUCAGUGUGUCCUCCUGCCAGAUGCUCCACUUCUGCUGGUUACACAAGAAAACGGUGCUUCAUUCCACCCUUGCUUUCUGAAGCUUAGCUUCUUCUACCAAUUAUUAUGUUCUUCCAAUUUAACAGAUGUAGCAAAAUGACAAUUUAUAUUUGAUUAUUUCAUGGCUAGAGAGAUGGGGAAAAAGAGCUAUAUAAUGUUUUGGAAAGAUUCUGGACUGUUUCAUUUCCUGAGACUGUGAUACUGAAAAAUAAAACAAUGUAAUUAUUUGCAA